CAAAAAAACGACAGGUAGUCCACCAGCCUCCCUAGACCGCCACACGGCUCUUUCCUUUUGUACAGAUACACAGUAUCCACAACCAUCAUCAUCAUCAUAAUUCUCAUAACUCCAUAGCCAUCAUUCUUUGUUUCAAUUUGUUCUCUUUUUUUCGGUGAAUUUUAUUUUUGUUGGUCGAGAAACCUGUAAAUGGCAGACUCAGAGCCAGAGUUAGGUCAUGCCGCCGGCGAAAAUUCACAAGGUUUCACUGUUGACAACGAGUGCAUCAGCAAGCGUGUCGACGAGGUUAAAGAUUGGGUUGAUUCGCUUGCGGAUAAACUGAAAGAGGUAGAGGAUUUUUACACGAGCAUUGGUGUCUCUGUCGGGAAAGAUUCAGAAAAAGGGAGACAUGUUGUUGGGAUUAGGAAGAUUCAACAAGAGGCUGCACGUAGAGAUGCUGUUGCUGCUAAAAGAAUGCAGGACCUCAUGCGUCAAUUUGGAUCUAUCUUCCGUCAGAUAACUCAGCAUAAGUGUGCAUGGCCAUUUAUGCAGCCUGUCAAUGUUGAAGGUCUUGGUUUGCAUGACUACUUUGAGAUAAUCGACAAGCCCAUGGACUUCGGCACUAUAAAGAAUCAAAUGGAGGGUAAGGAUGGUACCGGGUACAAACAUGUUAUGCAAGUAUAUGCUGAUAUGCUGUUAGUGUUUGAGAAUGCAAUGAAUUACAAUGAAGAAUCAAGUGAUGUUUACAAUAUGGCGAAAAAGUUAAUGGAAAAGUUUGAGGAGAAAUGGGCACAGUUUCUUCCAAAAGUUCAAGAAGAGGAGAAAAUACGGGAGGAAGAAGCGAAGCAAGCAGCAGCGGAGGCGCUGCUAGUAAAAGAAGCAUCUCAUAUCAAAACAACUAGAGACUUGUGCAAUGAGAUUUGCCAUGCUGAUGACGAGCUGGAGAAGCUAAUGCGUAAAGUUGUGGAAAGAUGCAGGAAAAUCACAACUGAGGAGAAGCGUAGUAUUGGGUUAGCAUUGUUAAAACUGUCUCCGGAAGAUCUACAGAAAGUGUUGGCUAUAGUUGCUCAAGCUGACCCGAGCUUCCAAUCUAGAGCAGAAGAAGUCAAUAUUGAGAUGGACGUACUGGACGAACCAACACUAUGGAAGCUAAAGUUCUUUGUGAAGGUUGCGUUGGAGAAUACAAUAAAGAAGAAGAAAGAGGAAGAGACAAAGAAUUUGAUGCAGAAGAAAGAGGCUACAAACAAACGAACUGCGCCUAACAAGUUAGCUGAGAGGAAAACAAAGCGGCCACGCCAAUGAAUCCACAAUUCCUCAUGAGACCUCCUGAACUGGAAAAUCUUCUAUGAGAUGAAUCUCAUUUGUAUAUACGUUUUUGUAGUAGUCUUUCUAAGUUCCUUGGGUUCUACUAACAUUUGACGAAUGCAAAUUAUAAAAUAAAAGCUUUUGCCCUUUAUUUAUGA